AUGAAAUUGCUUGCCACACUUUUACUCGUGGGCCUUUGGGCUGCGACUUUAACCGAUGCCUACUUUUACGUUCCCAAUUUCAUGAGCUCGUUACCAUUCCAAGGCGGUAGUGCCUUUGCACAACGUGGUGGUGACUCGAUUGUGAUCUUUGGUGGCGAGAAUGGUACCAACCCUUACACCAACGGCCUUUUCCAGCUUCAACAAACCGGCGAUACCUUUACUUGGCAAGCCUUGGAACAGCAAAAUCCUCCACCAGGCUCUACAUACGGCCAAGCCAUUGUUUCCAACACUGGCAGCACCUUUUUGUUGAUGGGUGGUCUUUCCCAAUCCACCGCUAAUCAGCUCUUGCCUUUGCAAAUGUACUCUUACAACUUUGACAGCAAAUCUUGGGGUGCCUGGGGCGGCAAUGCAAACACAAAUGCUACCGGUGUGCCUUUGAACCGUCAACGUUUCACCGCCACCUAUGAUAACAACACCAGCGUUUACAUUUAUGGUGGUUCGCUCAACAAUUCGGUCAUCUUUGGCGACUUUUACAAGUUGGAUACCGGCAAAAUGCAAUUCACUGAAUUGCCUAAUGCUGGUGAACAUCGUUACGGUCAUACCGCUUCCAUGUUAAGUGAUGGCAAGUUGGUUGUGAUUGGUGGUGUUGCUUUGGAUCAAAACAAUGUGCCCGACCUUGUCCCAAUGCAACAAGUUCUUGUAUUCGACACAAAGACCAACACAUGGACCGCACAAAACACCCAAUCUUCAGGUGGCAGCUACCCUUCCACUCGUACCGAUCAUAGUGCCGUCGUCACCUCCGACGACAAGAUUGUGAUUUUUGGCGGUGACAGUGGCAGUGAUAUGAGAAACCGACAAUACUUGAAUGCUAUUGCUAUUCUUGAUACCAAGACAUGGACCUGGGAAAUCCCUACCGUCGACGGUAUUCCUCCCUCGCGUCGUUCAUUUGCCGUCUCUGGUAGCUUUGAUGAUCAACAUGUUUUGUUUGCUUUUGGCUCGGCUCUCAAUACGCAAUACAAUGAUCUCAAUGUGUUCAACUUGGCUGAUUCCAAAUGGUUGCAAUCCUUUGAUGAAAGCGAUAGCGAUUCUGGUUCGGGUGUCUCUGGUGGUCUCAUUGCUGGUGUUACCAUUGCUGCUGUUGUAUUGCUUUGCAUCAUUUUGUUCUUGUUGUGGCGCUUCCAAUCUUACAUUCGCUGGUUGGCUCUUCGCAUCCAUCACGAUAUCUGGAAGCCACGUACCGGUGAACCUGUGUGGGCUGAAACCAGUCGCAUUGUGUGCCAAAUCUUUAUGUUGUUCCUAUUUGUGUGCUUCUUGGUCUUUGUGAUCCGCCAAGCGAUUAAUAGCCCCAAUGUUACACAACGAAUUGAGGAGGCUGCUGCUCAAGUUGAUGUUCCAGAUGUACGAUUCUGCUUUGAUGGUUUCCCCACCUAUGGCAACAAUGAUCCUCGUGACCCUGGUGUUGUAUGCCAAACCGAUACCGGCUACUCUUGCAGUGGCUCGAUUCAACCACUCGACAUGAGCGUUUUCACACCUUCCUUUGCAUCCAACCUUGGUGCUGUUUCAUGCUUCUUGUUCCGUUCGGAUGCUGAUUUCAAGAUGACUUCCACUUCAGGUGCCAAUAACGGUUCACGCAUGUUGUUCACUUUCUUUGGUGAUCAAUCUGUCAACUAUGGUCGCGUGCACGUUUCUUUGUAUCCCAAGCAAAUGGAUCCCAACGUCAAGGUGUACAACCUCAAUGAUGACAUUCCCGUCAUCAUGUCUGAUUUUGAUGUCUUGACAUGGCAAGUGAAUGAACGUAACGAUCUUGGCACCACCAACAUCUUUGAAGUCGAGCCCUACAGCUACAAUGCCCUUAGCUACAACUUGAUUGAUCAUCGCUACUUGCAACCUGUUGGCUGGAACUAUGUUGGUUUCUCUCCCAUCACCAACUCGACACCUGAAGUUGAAAGCAAUUUCCGUGCUGAGGCUCCCAAUCCCAACUACACGCAAACCCACGCUGACUUGGCCUUUAUCGCUAUUUACCCCGAAUCCUUUGCCAACUACACCGAUCGUGAAGUGAAGAUGUACACCUUGCUUAAUGCACUUGGUUUUGUUGGUGGUAUCUUUGGUUUGUUGGUUGCUGUACAAACCUGGUUAUUCGGUUUCCGUCCUUCGAGCCCAUGGGGUUUGGUGCAUCGUUGGUCCGUGGGUGAGAUGAAACGUUCAUUGUUGCGUGGUUUGCAAACAAGCUUCAAGCCUACCGAUUCAUCGAUUCCUCUUGUUCAUCCUUUACAUCCACGUUUCUCCAUGAACAACAUGCCACAGGAUUUGGCAUAUGAAUCUGAAGGUCAACGUAUCUCUCGAGUGGAAGAACGUAUGCAAAUGAUGGAAAUGCUCUUCAAGUCAUACUAUGUCAAUGAUGAGAUUUUCCGUUCUUUGGACAAUGCCACCAAAUCGGUACCACCAGGAUCUACUGCAGGAUCGCCUAAUGGCCCCCUCUUCCCUUCCGAAAAGGGCGCUGAUGUCCAGCGAUCCAAUACAGGUGGAUUCUCUCACAUGUUCAAUCAUCGACAAAGUGUAGCAAGCACAAGUAGCGAUGCUCACUCCCAACAAAACUUGAAUGCUAGCGGUCGCUUGUAA